AUGCCAUGGCCCUUCAAUUCGGGCUCAGGCCCAGGCUCAGGCCCAAGUGCAAACUCCAGCCCCGACAAAGAUGACGACUCGUCAAGGCCUCCCGUCUCCUGGGCCAGCAGCCUCAAUGGCACCGACUGGCAACACUACAAGGACCCAAGGAACUGGGUCCCGACCUUCCUAUUGACCACUACUGUCCUCGUCUCGCUGCAGGUCUAUCGUUCCUAUCUGCGUCGCAUACCUGGCGCCAUACAUGUCCAGCCCAGCUUCUUCAGGAAGAGGAGUUUGUUCGGCCAAGUCACAAGUGUUGGGGACGGCGACAACUUCCACAUGUUCCACACCCCGGGCGGACGCUUCGUAGGUUGGGGAUGGCUACGGAAGGUUCCGCAAAAGAAGGCCGAGUUGAAGAGCAAGACUAUACCCAUACGCCUCGCUGGCGUCGAUGCGCCUGAAGGUGCUCACUUCGGGCGACCCGCCCAGCCAUUCUCGACAGAUGCUCUAGCCUGGCUCUCGAGUUAUAUCCUGGGCCGGAGAGUGCGCGCGAAAAUUUACAAGCGAGAUCAAUACGACCGGAUAGUGGCCACUGUGUUUGUGAGACGGUUUCUCAUCCGUCGCGACGUGGGUCUGGAGAUGCUGAAGAGGGGGCUGGCUACGACAUACGAAGCGAAGACCGGUGCCGAGUUCGGCGGCCUCGAGGAGAAGUACAAGGCUGCUCAAGCCAAGGCAAAGGACAAGAAGCGCGGCAUUUGGGGUGGCAAUCCGCAGCACUUUGAGAGUCCCCGCGAAAACUCGCGAUCCAAUGCUGGCACGGGUGAUGGCGAGGCAGCUGCACGCGAGUCUGGGCCGCUGGAUCUAUCCGAGCCCACGGGCGGUUCGCGACUCGUUUCGCGAACGGCUUGA